AUGGCAACCCAGGGUGUCCGCAUCGCCAUCGACCGUGGCGGAACUUUCACAGACUGCUGGGCUGAGGUGCCUGGACGCAAGGAGCACAUCGUCUUCAAGAUCCUCUCAGUAUGCCCCGAUGAGUAUGACGACGCGCCAACAGAAUGUAUCAGACAAGUUCUAGAGAUCGCCUCAGGGACCUCAAUACCCAAGGGAUCAUUACUAGACCUCGAACCUAUCGAGUCAAUACGCAUGGGAACUACAGUCGCUACCAACGCUUUACUGGAGCGAAAGGGUGACCGCGUAGCCUUCCUUGUCACAAAAGGCUUCCGCGAUAUCCUGUUUAUCGGGAACCAGACCAGACCGAACCUCUUCGAUCUUACUGUCCAGCGGUUAGAGCAACUAUACGAAACGGUCAUCGAAGUCGAUGAGCGCAUCACCAUUGAGGGAGCCAGCGAAGCUCCCCAGCCGGAAGAACCCAUCGACGUCUCAUCAGAUCCAGAUUUGGUUGUGGGUCAGACUGGGGAGAUUGUGAGAAUUAUGAAGAAGCCCGACCUUGACGCUGUUAGGGAAGAUCUUGAGAAGCUCAAGGCUCAGGGGCUCAAGAAUAUCGCCAUUGGAUUCAUGCACUCCUACACCUAUCCGGAGCAUGAGCUUCAGGUUCAGAGGCUUGCUGAAGAUAUGGGGUUCAAGGUUUCCGCUUCGUCUGUUCUGCAAUCCAUGGCCAAAUUUGUCCCUCGAAGUCAAUCAGCCGUUGCAGAUGCUUACCUUACCCCUAUGACAUUUGCCUACCUCGAUGGGUUCCGCAAGAAUUUCAAAGGACAGCUGGAAGAUGAGAGUGCCAACAAGCUUUUGAUCUGCCAGUCGGAUGGUGGCUUGACAAGCUGGUCUAAAUUUACGGGCCUGAGGGGUGUGCUAAGUGGACCUGCUGGUGGUGUAGUUGGCCUAUCAAGGACAUGUUACGAUGAAGCCGAUGGCACGCCCGUGCUAGGAUUUGACAUGGGAGGCACAUCUACCGACGUUGCCAGAUACUCUGGUGCUUUGGAACAUAUCUUUGAGAGCACUCUGGCCGAAGUCACUAUCCAGACUCCUCAGCUGGAUAUCAACACUGUUGCUGCUGGUGGUGGCUCGAUCUUGGCGUGGGAGAAUGGCCUCCUCAAAGUAGGACCCAGCAGCGCCGGAGCUAACCCAGGACCUGCAUGCUAUGGCCGUGGCGGUCCUCUGACUGUCACUGACGCCAACUUCCUCCUCGGUCGGAUCAUUCCUGAGACCUUUCCUCGCAAGUUAGAUUACGAUACUGUCAAGGAGAAAUUCAGCGCUCUUGCGGAGACUGUUAACAAGGAGAAGGACGGCGGCGAACCAUUUACUCCAGAAACAUUGGCCCUUGGCUUCCUGGCCAUUGCGAAUGCCACUAUGACUCGACCGAUCCGAACUCUCAGCGAAGGCCGCGGCUAUGGAGCGGCCAGCCAUAACCUGGGGUGCUUUGGCGGUGCUGGAGGUCAGCAUGCCGUCUUCAUUGCCCGUGACCUGGGCAUCAAGCGGGCCAUCAUCCCCUGUUACUCAAGUAUUUUGUCCGCCUACGGAAUGGCUUUGGCUGAUGUGGUUGUUGAGAACCAAGAGCCCGCUGCUUUAACAUUCUCUGAAGCAGCCGUGCCGGAGAUCAGGGCUCGCUUUGAGUCGCUGUCAUCCCGAGGAGCUAAAGGACUCAAGGCUCAGGGCUUUGAUGCUUCAGUAACUGAGCACGAAUACUUCCUCAACAUGAGAUACCAAGGAAGCGAUACAUCCCUUAUGAUCGCAUUGACUGGGGAUGUGGCAGACGCUGGCAACGCUUUCACUGCCAGACACACUCAGGAGUUCGGUUUCUCGCAGACACGUGAUAUCUUAGUUGAUGACGUUCGUGUCAGAAGUGUGGGAAAGUCCCGUGUACUGAACAUUUCCAGCCCGUUCGAGGAACUCAAGAAGUACAGCUCUGACGGCUUGACUCCGUGCCCUACUCCUGUUUUCUCGCGGCAGAUCUUCUUCGAAAAGUACGGCUGGACACAGACCCCUGUGUAUGAGCUUAAGUCAUUGAGCGCUGGUGUACACAUCACAGGCCCGGCCAUGGUCAUCGACAAGACUCAGACUAUCGUCGUCGAUCACCUGAGUAAGGCCAUCAUCCUUCCUGAACACGUCAUCCUCGAAGUUGAACGCGCAGAACAGCAAACUGUUGACACACAGACUGUCGACCCUGUGCAGCUCAGUGUCUUUGGUCAUCGCUUCAUGACGGUGGCCGAGCAAAUGGGACACACAAUGGAGAAGACCUCCAUUUCGGUCAACAUCAAGGAACGCCUUGACUACUCGUGCGCCAUUUUCUCGGCUGACGGAGGUCUCGUCGCAAACGCGCCUCAUAUUCCUAGCCAUCUUGGCUCCAUGAGCACUGCAAUCGCAUACCAGGCUCAGAAAUACAAGGCUGACUUGAAGCCAGGCGAUGUCCUCAUCAGCAACCAUCCCCGGGCUGGAGGCACCCAUCUGCCUGAUAUCACCACUAUCACCCCAGUUUUCGACGACGAAGACAAAGAGAUCAUCUUCUUUGUCGCAAACCGCGGUCAUCAUGCAGACAUUGGUGGUAUCGUACCGGGCUCCAUGCCUCCUAACAGUACCGAGCUUUGGCAGGAGGGUGCAGCCAUCGAGUCUUUCAAGAUGAUCAAAGAGGGUGUCUUCGACGAGGCUGGUCUUAUCAAGCAUCUCUACGAGGAACCAGCGUCAUUCCCCGGCUGCAGUGGUACCCGAACUUUGGCUGAAAACAUUGCCGACUUGAAGGCCGCCGUUGCGUCCAACCAAAAAGGUAUCGAGCUGAUCCGGGCUCUGGUCAAAGAGUUCACCUGGCCAGUGGUGCAGCUGUACAUGUACGCAAUUCAAGAAAACGCUGCGCAGGCCGUGCGUGAUCUCCUGAAGCAAUUCGCCGCCAAGUACGAAGGUGGUGUUCUUGAGGCUACCGAGUAUAAUGACGACGGAAUCCCGUUCAAGCUCAAGGUGACCAUUGAUAAGGACACUGGUGAUGCCGUCUUUGACUUUACCGGCACCGGACCUGAGCACUCUGGCAACCUGAACGCCCCUCCAACCUGCUCAUACUCCGUCAUUAUGUACUGUCUUCGCUGCAUGAUCUCGACCGACAUUCCGCUUAACCAAGGCUGCCUCAAACCCAUUAAAGUCGUCUGCCCCGACAACACCAUCCUCUCCCCCUCCCCCACUGCCGCAACAGUUGGCUGCACAACCGAAACCUCCCAGAAAGUUGCGGACCUCGUCCUGCGCGCUUUCAACGCCGCCGCCGCGUCUCAGGGCACAAUGAACAAUCUCUCCUUCGGCUGCGGAGGCACUGAUCCUGUCACCGGCGAAGUUAAGAAGGGCUUCGGGUACUACGAGACCAUCUGCGGUGGUGCGGGUGCCGGACUAGGCUGGCAAGGUGCUUCUUGCACGCAAGUUCACAUGACAAACACUCGCAUUACAGAUCCAGAGAUCUUCGAAAAGCGAUACCCUGUCAUCCUGCACCAGUUCUCAAUUCGACAUGGAAGCGGCGGUAACGGCCGCUGGCGCGGUGGAGAUGGCUGUAUCCGUGAGAUUGAGUUCAGGAUGCCUUUGCAGGUCUCAGUGCUUUCUGAUCGACGUGUCACGGCACCGUAUGGGCUCGAGGGUGGCAGUGAUGGUGAACGGGGUCAGAAUAUCUGGGUCCGCAAGGAUCCUGUUACGGGCGCCACACGGAUGGUCUCGCUGGGACCUAGGAAGACUUCCAUGUUUGGAGCUGGGGAUCGGAUCAUCAUUCUAACGCCGGGCGGUGGUGGAUACGGCGCUCCAGUUAAGGAUGGUGAGGGGGUAAAGGAGACAGUCUUCGUAAAGCCGCAAGACUCGAGGUCGUUCUUGACAAAUGGGUCGUUGGGCGUGAGGCAUAGCAUUGCUACCGGGAAUUAGAGCUGCAGCUGGAGUUGUUGGUUGGUUUGGCUUUGGUUAAGAUCUAGUAUGACUUUCUUUUGUUAGAUUUACGGUUUCUAUUUUGUGGUACUGCGCUAGGGACAAUACGAUACCAUGCUUCCUAAGAGAAAUUGGGUAGAUUUUCCAGUCACAUGUUCGCAAUUCCAUGUUUUACUGUCAUCCUUUCUUUGUGGAUUUCAGGCUAAGGUUGAGCACGCAUUUUACAAGCAUAAAGACGAACCCUGGUU